AUGGGUGCCGCAGUGUGCGACGAGUUCGAGCUGAAGCGCGGCGAGCUGGUGCUGCACGACGCCGGCUCGGCCGAGCGGCGCCGCACGCGCGAGGUGCUGCCGCUGCCGGUGGCCAACGAGCCGCCCCAGGGCCACGUCUGGGACAACCGCAACGGCUCCUGGAUCCUGGAGAAGGACGGCAAGCAGCAGGCGUUCUUCGAGGUGGAGACGAUCGUGGCGCGCCGCCAGAAUGCCGCCACCGGCCAGGCCGAGUACCUGAUCCGCUGGAAGGGCUACACCGACUCGUGGAACACGUGGGAGCCGGAGGCCAACCUGGAGUGCACGGCCACGCUGGCGGCGUUCUCGCAGCACUGGGACACGCUGUCGGAGAGUGAGCGGCGCCGCAUCAUCGCGGACAUGAGUCCGGUGUCUGCGGGGCCGCCUGGCCGCCCGUGCGGCGCCAUAUUCUGA